CCUGCCUGCCUGUGAAAGGCUCGGUUUUGUGCGCGCAUGUGACCGCUGAAGGCGCACACAGCUAUUUAAACACCAUCGAUUGGGUGCUGAAGUGGACAGCUCCCCACGCAGAUAAACAGAUGAGCGCGCAAUGGCUCGUUCAGCUUGUGCCGCCGGAUGCUCCACAGCAGCCCCUGAAGAGCACAGGUUUUGCUGAGUGUUUUUGACUCCUCAGAACGGCUGAGAGGCGGGAGGAGGGGUGAGGGCAUCGAGCUCACAGGCAGGGGCGGAUGUUGGGGCACCUGUAGAGCUGAAUCACCGGCUCUCGAAGCGCGGAGGCUGCUGGAUUGUUUCACAUCAGUUCGCCUCCGUCCAGCAGGAGAGGAGCUCCGGCGCCGUCUGAUCCCGCGUCGGGGAAGCGUAAAGGUAUCAUCAAUCCGACUAGAAGACGUAAGCUCAGAUUUCUAAGCCGCCCUUUGUGCCUAUUUACAGGAGAGAGCAUGGAUAGAGAGGAAUUUGCUCUGAGUAGUGCCUUGAGUGGAUUUGCAGAGCGGGCGGUGGAACUAACCUGUGCGCAGAGGCUCUAAGCACUAAGCUCGCCAUUUUUCCUCAAGCUUCUUUUUUGGGAGAUUUCUAAUACAGCUAUUUUAUUACUAAAAUGGGGAAAGAGGAGUGCAAAACAAUGCUUGACGCGUUGAACAAAGUCACAGCCUGCUACAGACACUUGGUCAUCGCGCUUGGAAGCACGUCAGACUCCCAGAAUUUGCGCGAGGAGCUGAAGAGGACCCGCAAAAAGGCGCAAGAGUUGGCCGUGGCCAACAGGACUAAACUGACCUCCCUGCUGAAAGACAAGUCCAUCAGCAAGGAGGACCGCGCCGAGUACGAGCGCCUGUGGGUGCUGUUCUCCAGCAGCAUGGAGCUCCUGGAGGUGGACAUGAAGAGGUCCCUGGAAAUCGGGCAGGACUUCCCCCUCAAGGUGCCCACGAGACACCUGAUCCAGACGGGGAUGACCGGCAGCACCAGCACCGUGGCGGCGCGCGCCAUGAGCGUGCAGAAUAUGAAGUACGAGGCGGACAGCAACAUCGACACGGCCGACCUGAAGGACCUGCAGAGCGAGAUCACCCAGGUGAGCCAGAUGAUGGAGGAGAUGGAGAUGAAGGUCCAGGUGGCGCCAUGGGCCGUCGUGGCCAAGCAGGAAGCCGGGGCUGAACUCAAAUCCAACCUGAGUGUUGGGAAUUCCUCCGUGGGCGUCAUCUCCAUCUGCGAAGAGGAGCCCAAAGAUGAUGAGGGUGAAGGCAGCAGAGGGGGCGGCUCUGGCUCGGUCGGAGCUGUCAUCGGAUUCCUUUUGAUCGUUGCUGUUGCUUUGGUUUUAGGAUAUUUGGUGAUCAAUAUGUCCUGAACUUUAUAAAACAAACAAACCAAAAUGAUAAUCAUAAAAAAAAUAGCCCACGCGGAUGGACACCUCGCGCGUGGAGUGCCUCCACAGGGAAGAGCAAUCACCUGCUCAGGAGGCAAACAGGGCUUGAGGGGGAUUCAAUACAAAGAAGUUGUUGAGCUCUCUUGAAUGUAUUUCGUGGAGGAGAGGAGCUGCACUUGAUCAGAUGUAGAUUAUAGUAGUCUGUGUGCUUUUGUGAAUGAGAGAAUGGGCAUGGGGCUGAAAAAUGUGGGUGAAAUAGUAUUUUUUAGAAAAAAGGAGUCACGAAUUACAGCGUCUGGCCACCAGAAUGACAUAAAUAACACCUAAUCCAAGUGGAUUAUUGGAGAUCAAGCGUAAAUGUAGCCUGCAGUUAAGUAUUAAAUGUCCGACAGAUUGAUGUUUUCUCACUUUGGUCCAGCAAAGUCUUCAAACAAGCAAAAGGACCGUCUGGUCUGAGCAUUAGUUUCAUGCUGUAAGCUUGUUGAAACCCAAUACAGCAGAGAAAGAACAGUUAAUCCUGGCUUCUGCCAUCACAGGCUGGAUAAGAUCAAAUCUGCACUCUUCAGCAUCCUGUUCACACAUGCAUCUUCCUGAAGGUUAUAGUCGGCCAGCAUCCAACUUCACUGCACUAAAAUCUCAGCGAGCCUUGGGACCUACAAUAAGAAAUGUCUUUUAAUGCACCUGUUCACUGUAAGCCUGUUCCUUUUCAGGGUUUUCUUGCAAACAGUGUUGAAUGUAAACUUUUUGCAACAUGUUAGUAGGGGGUUUGUACAUACGGUCUGUACUGCAGUGUCAGAUAAUGUACAUAAGUAUAUUUAAUAUAAUAAAAUUGUGAAACACACCUAAAAUGUGAUUUUUUUUUUUUGGUAGAAAGUAAUGGUCACGUGACAUAAUUCUGUUUUAAGGGUUUGCAAACACUGCCAAGAUAAUGUACUUAAAGGUAUUUCAGGUUUGGCUUUUCUCCCAGACCUAACAACCUUAGUGUUAUCUCAGUGUUAAAUGAGACUGACAUGCAGGUUUAAACUCCCUAAUAGUUUUAGUUCUAAGAGUAUUUGAAGAUAUUUGUGGAUUGGUGCAAAGGUGAGGUUGGCUGAGGGACACGGGUGGUUUCAGAAGAUGGUGAAAAAGUUUUUGCUUUCAAGUAAAUGUUUAAUUAUCCAUUUUCUUGACCGCUUC